UUUUAGAGGCGCACAAAAAUAAAACAAGAACAAGAGAAUCACUGUUCAGCGAAAGCUAAAGAGGGAACAUCAGAGAGGUGGGCAGUGAGAGAGUUAAAUUGGGCUGGGAGAGGAGAGGAGAGAGAGAGAGAGAGCAUGACGGCGUUUGCAGAGGCAGCAUCAGCUGUAAUUCUGUGUCGUAAAAUUAAAUGAUCAGGAAAAGGAAUUGAAGGCGCGAUUAACGCUUUCUUUUUUUUCUCUUACACCCCCUUCAACCAAAAAAGUGCCAAAACAAAUCCAACAAAAGCCAAAACUAAUCAAGAAACUACUUACUGCUUGUUGACACAGUUAUUUAGAGAAACAAGAUAGCUAGAGUAAGUGAGUAUGUGAGGGAGAGAGAGAGAGAGGAAAGAGAGACAUUUUUCACAUACACAGGACACAAGAAAACAAGGAACAAGAAUUCAAAGAUCGAGUACUACGACCACUCUUACACUCUUCGGCACCUCUCUCUCUCUCUCUCUCUCCCCCCCUCUCAAUUCAAAACCCAAAAUUCUGGAGAAUUCAAGGAGUGCCCUUUUGAUGUUUGUUGGGAUGUAAGCUAAAGACAAAGAAAUAGAGUGGGGUUUUCUUGAUUAUGGAUUUUCUCUCACAAUUGAGUUCUGGGUCAGGAUUAGAGGAGGAGAAAUGGCUGGCUUGUUCUCAUUAGGAAGAGAUAGUAGUAGUAGUGGUAAUAACCAAGAACAACAACAGAACAAUAACAACAGCAACCCACCAACUGAAAUUCCACAAGAAAACUGGUUUUGCUACAGAAGUGAAGACAAUUCUUACAAGGGUUUUGAGCCAUGGCAGCAACACCACCACCACCAAGAACUUCUUCACCAAAGACACCAAAAUCCACAGCAAGAUCUCUACUCAUCAGCUGUUGGUUUAGGUGUAGGACCCAGUAGAGCUUCAAUCAACAUCUCUGAUGAAUCCUCAUCAAGAUCAGCAGCAGCAGCAGCUUUCAUGAUGAUGAGGCCUGUUGGUUCUGGAGUGGGAGGUAGCAUAAGUUGCCAAGAUUGUGGCAACCAAGCAAAGAAAGAUUGUGUACACAUGAGGUGUAGGACUUGUUGUAAGAGUAGAGGAUUUGAGUGUCAAACCCAUGUGAAAAGCACUUGGGUUCCAGCCUCUAAACGCCGUGAAAGACAGCAUCAAUUAACUAUUUUCCAGCAGCAGCAACUGCAAAUUCGCGGAGAGAAUCCUAAACGACAGAGAGAAAAUCCAAGCCCUUCUUCUCUUGCUUGCACUCACUUGGCUAAUAACAUGUCAGGGUUAGAACUUGGGAAUUUCCCAGCAGAAGUGAGCUCUCCGGCAUUAUUUCGUUGUGUUAGAGUGAGUGGCAUUGAUGAAAGCGAGGAGAUGUUAGCUUAUCAAACUGCCGUAAACAUUGGAGGGCAUGUGUUUAAAGGAGUUCUUUAUGAUCAUGGCCCCGAAAGCAACUACUUGGCACCUGGUGAGACAUCUUCUGGUGGUGGUGGUGGUGGUGGUGGUGGAGUACAGCCACUCAAUUUAAUCGCAGCUGGCACAGCCACAACAUCUGCCACAAUUUCAGCUACUGGUGGUGGUGGUGUAACGGUGGCGUCUACUACAGCUUCAUUUCUUGAUCCUUCCUCUUUAUAUCCCGCUCCACUUAACACUUUCAUGGCUGGUACGCAAUUCUUUCCGAAUCCAAGAUCAUGAAAACACACAACGUCAUUCUCGUCUUCUCUCUCUCUUUUAUAUUAGCGAGCUCUUUUUUUCCAUGUACUUUUGGCCAAAAAAAAUAUUUGAUGAUGAUAAAAUGUAGUAAGAAGAGAAGUAAAUUUGACACAUCCAUUCAAGUAGGAGUUAAGGAAAAAAAGAAAAAAGGAAGAAUGAGGACUGAUGAGAGGCAAUGCUUAACAUGUUCUUGUUUUUGUGCAAAUUUCAAUGCUAAGUUAUUAUUCUUCU